AUGGCCAUUUUGAAUGAUGAAAAACCAACUCUUGAUGCGGCCUUUCGGGUGUCGGAUGUAGAGAGGUAUUCUGGGUCACAGGUUGCGGUCGGAUUUGAGGAUCCGGAUGAGGGAUUGAGUGAAGAGGAAAAGGCCAAGAUUGAUCGCAAGUUACUUUGGAAGCUGGAUCUUCGACUUGUGCCAUGGCUCAGUCUUUUGUACCUUGUCUCAUUCCUCGAUCGAACCAAUAUUGGAAAUGCGAAAAUUGUCGGCCUCCAAGAUGAUCUAGGGAUGACGAAUGCCCAAUACAAUGCAACACUCACCAUCUUCUUCGUUUCAUACUCUGUCUUCGAGCCCUUGACCAAUGUCCUCCUCAAGCGACUGAGACCAAGCAUUUUCAUCCCACUAAUUAUGAUGGCAUGGGGAAUCUGCAUGACAUGCAUGGGCGUAGUCAAAAACUACGCCGGCCUAAUGGCCGUCCGCUGGUUCCUAGGCCUAUCCGAAGCAGGCCUAUUUCCCGGCGUAGGCUACUUCCUCUCAUGCUGGUACAAACGAUCCGAAUUCGGCCUCCGAAUCGCAAUUUUCUUCUCAGCCGCCGCGCUGGCAGGUUCAUUUGGUGGUUUGCUUGCUGCAGCCAUCGCCAAGAUGGACGGUGUAGGCGGCAAGCCGGGGUGGUCGUGGAUCUUCAUCUUGGAAGGACUUCUAACAUUCUUGAUUGGCGUUGCGUCUUUCUGGUGUGUUUAUGAUUUCCCCCAUCAGGCGAAGUUCUUGUCGGAUGUUGAUCGGAAGCGUGUGCUUAGACGCCUCGCGCUUGAUCAACAGUCUAGUGCUGAGCAUGAGGAUUUCAAGAUGGAUUACUUUUGGGCUAGUGUUAAGGAUUGGAAGACUUAUACUGGCGCUGUUAUUUAUAUGGGGGCUGAUGGGUCGCUUUAUGCGUUUUCACUUUUCGUGCCGACUAUUAUUAGUCAACUUGUGAGUGUAGGCUUUGUUUUUGUGAGUAGUGGCUAUAGUUCGAUCCAUGCCCAGCUGCUCAGUGUGCCACCGUAUGCCGCUGCAGCUGUAUUGACGGUCAUUGUUGGUUUCAUUUCGGACCGAACGCGCCAACGUGGUCUCUGCAAUAUCUGCGUCUCACUCCUCGGCAUGGUUGGUUUCUCUAUGCUCCUUGGCUGCAAGUCCGCCGGCGGACGCUAUGCAGGAACAUUUUUGGGCGCCAUGGGUAUUUACCCAGCCAUUGCGAAUACAAUCUCAUGGACGAGUAACAACACCGAAGGUGUAUACAAACGCGGUGUCUCUCUCGGCUUCAUCAUCGGCUGGGGUAAUCUGAACGGAAUCGUCUCAUCCAACAUCUACCGUGACGACGACAAACCAGAAUAUUAUCCCGGCCACGGAGUCGUGCUAGGCUACCUCGUUCUCUUCCUCUUCGGCGGUUCCAUCGUGCAGUACUUCCUACUGCGACGCGAGAAUGCCAAGCGCAGACGCGGCGAACGGGACCAGUCAAUCGAAGGCAUGACACCAAGUCAAAUCGAGUUGCUGGGAGAUAAGCGGCCAGACUUUAUAUAUACCCUUUAA